AUGAAUCCCUACGUGUCAAGUCCAGACGACAUACCUGCCACUGAUAGUUAUGUGGACUUGCCCUUCUACGGACGGUACUUCCCCAGACUGGACGACUUCCAUGUUGAUCCCCGGCACGUGAAGUCCCGGGAUGCAGACUCUGCACAAUACUGGGCUUCAGUCGUUGACAUGUGCAAUGAAUCUAUCAGAAUCUAUCCAGCCGAUGAAGGCGGCCGGGACGUGUUUGCACUUGGAAGUGUCGUUGUCAAGUCAAGCCAUCUGCACAAGCCAAGAGACGGCCAACGCACAGAGAUCGAUUACUCCUAUGCUGAUGCCAACGAAACCCAGGCCGUCGCAAUAGCCAGGAGCGUGUUUAAAGCCAUCAAUGGACGCCAGGUAUUGGUCCAGGAAAGAAUUCCCGGUCCCGCUGAUGGACGCCGGGCUCGCAACCAUGUCGUCCAAGAUCCCAAUAUUCUCACCAACGGCCGUAUUCGUCCCCUCGAAGCGGAUAUCCUCUUCUCGGACUCCAACACCGACCCAGACAUGAGCUUCAUGCAUAAUGAUUUUGCCAAGUCCAACUGUAUAGUGGACAAUGACAGGAUUGUAGGACUUGUCGAUUGGGAAAUGGCUGGCUUUUUUGGGUGGAAAACAGCGGGAGAAGUCCAUCGUAGGAUCAGAACACCUCAAAGGGAGCAUUUUGCCAAUGCUGACUUGAGCGAGGAGACGCUCAGAGACAUCAUGUGGUGGAACGAUCUUUAUGACGAUGAAGCUCACGAAUACUCCUCUCAUAUCGACUACGUGAUUCAACACAACGCCGGUAGUCCAAAUGCCGAAGCACUGACUGGCCUCCUCCGCACCCUGGGUUUCGAUCCCAUGGCCGUCUGUCACCGCCGAGCCGGACUUGGUAAACAGAAGAGAAGCGCCAAGCGCAGCCAGCCUCUGCUUAUCAACCGACGCUUCUGGAUUUGCUGCGGAAGCGGUGCGGCACCUGAUGGUUUCGCUGCGCAGCUGCUCCUGUCUUGGGGACACGACAGUGACACGGCGACAACUUCAUCCGCUCCGCCGAGCAUGCUUGUGAUGCAGCUCUGGCCCGCGGUCUGA